CCUCCUCCUCCCCGGUUCGCGGCGGCUGACAAGAUGGCGGCGUCGGGCCUAGGCUUCGGCCCAGGGUCGUCGUCGGGGCUCCUCGGGAGCCGGGUCCUGGCCUACACCCUCCACCGCUGGAGCAGCUUCUCCUCCACCUACCUGCCAGAGAAUAUUUUAGUAGACAAGCCCAACGAUCAAUCUUCACGGUGGUCUUCGGAAAGCAACUACCCCCCACAGUAUUUGAUCUUGAAACUGGAAAGGCCGUCUGUAGUUCAGAGCAUCACAUUCGGGAAAUACGAAAAGACUCACGUCUGUAAUUUAAAAAAAUUUAAAGUCUUUGGUGGAAUGAAUGAAGAAAACAUGACUGAUCUUUUAUCAAGCGGCUUAAAGAAUGACUAUAACAAAGAAACAUUUACUUUGAAGCACAAAAUCGAUGAGCAGAUGUUCCCUUGUCGAUUUAUUAAAAUAGUUCCGCUCCUGUCCUGGGGUCCCAGCUUCAAUUUUAGCAUCUGGUAUGUUGAACUCAACGGUAUUGAUGAUCCAGAUGUGGUACAGCCCUGUCUCAAUUGGUACAGCAAGUACCGUGAACAGGAAGCCAUUCGCCUCUGCUUGAAGCACUUUCGUCAACACAAUUACACGGAGGCGUUCGAGUCCCUACAGAAGAAAACCAAGAUCGCCCUGGAACACCCCAUGCUGACCGACCUUCACGAGAAACUGGUCCUGAAGGGAGACUUCAACGCGUGCGAAGAGUUGAUAGAAAAAGCUGUGAAUGAUGGCUUGUUCAACCAGUACAUCAGCCAGCAAGAAUACAAACCACGAUGGGGUCAGAUCAUUCCCAAAAGCACCAAAGGUGACGGUGAGGACAGCAGGCCAGGAAUGAGAGGCGGGCAUCAAAUGGUCAUUGAUGUUCAAACAGAAACCGUUUAUUUGUUCGGCGGCUGGGACGGGACGCAAGAUCUGGCGGACUUCUGGGCGUACAGCGUGAAGGAAAACCAGUGGACGUGUAUAUCCAGAGACACUGAAAAAGAGAAUGGUCCGACUGCUCGGUCCUGUCACAAGAUGUGCAUCGACAUCCAGCGAAGGCAGAUCUACACCUUGGGACGUUACCUGGAUUCCUCUGUGAGGAACAGCAAAUCUCUGAAAAGCGACUUCUAUCGCUACGACAUCGACACGAACACCUGGAUGUUGCUGAGCGAAGAUACGGCCGCUGAUGGAGGCCCCAAGCUUGUGUUUGACCAUCAGAUGUGCAUGGAUUCGGAGAAACACAUGAUCUACACCUUCGGGGGAAGGAUUUUGACAUGCAACGGCAGUGUUGACGACAGCCGGGCCAGUGAACCACAAUUCAGCGGCCUCUUUGCUUUUGACUGUCAAUGCCGGAUAUGGAAACUUUUGCGAGAAGAUUCGUGUAAUGCUGGUCCUGAAGACGUCCAAUCCAGAAUAGGACACUGCAUGUUAUUCCAUUCAAAAAACCGUUGCCUGUAUAUGUUUGGCGGACAAAGGUCGAAAACGUACUUGAACGAUUUUUUCAGUUACGACGUAGACAGCGACCACGUGGAUAUCAUCUCGGAUGGCACCAAAAAGGAUUCAGGGAUGGUUCCAAUGACCGGCUUCACCCAAAGAGCUACCAUUGACCCGGAACUGAACGAGAUCCAUGUGCUGUCUGGACUGAGUAAAGAUAAGGAAAAACGGGAAGAGAACGUUCGGAAUUCCUUCUGGAUUUACGACAUCGUCCGAAACAGCUGGUCCUGCGUCUACAAGAACGAUCAAGCAGCCAAAGAGAACUUGAACAAGAGCCUUCAGGAAGAAGAGCCCUGUCCGCGUUUUGCACACCAGCUUGUGUACGAUGAAUUGCACAAGGUCCAUUAUUUAUUUGGAGGCAAUCCAGGCAAGCCCUGUUCUCCAAAGAUGAGGCUGGAUGACUUCUGGUCCUUGAAACUCUGCCGACCGUCCAAGGAAUACUUGCUUCGGCAUUGCAAGUACUUGAUAAGGAAACACAGGUUUGAAGAGAAAGCCCAGACGGAUCCUCUAAGUGCCCUAAAAUAUUUGCAGAACGACUUGUUUGUCACUGUGGACCACUCGGAUCCUGAGGAAACCAAGGAGUUCCAGCUGCUCGCUUCGGCACUUUUCAAGUCAGGCUCUGAUCUGAGCACGCUGGGCUUUUCGGACGUCGAUCACGUCUACGCCCAACGAACUCAGCUCUUCGACACGCUGGUGAAUUUCUUUCCGGACAACAUGACCCCUCCCAAGGGCAAUCUGGUGGAACUCAUCACCCUGUGACCCGAGCCAAGUUGUUGCUGGGCCCGCGGAAGGAAGAGGAUUUUUCAGUAUUUUUAAUUUUGCGUGGGUGUGGGUGUGUGUUUGUGUGCGUGCGUGAGUGCGCUCGCGCAGUGAGCGAGUGGGGAACUUCAGAAAUAGACGCGAGUUGUGUGGGGAGGGGCUUUAUGCAAACGGAUAAAUAAAAAGGAAUCGAUACGUUUCUGAUGGGCUUCGGGAUGGAUGGGUGGAUGGAUGGAUGUCCGUUCAUUUGCUCUGUUCGUUUAUUUGUUCAUUCAUUCUCAUUCGCGUUGACGCUUUUGGAAGAUCGAUGAGUAUUGACAUCCAGGAAGUGGGGGUGGUAGAAAUUGGUGAAGGGGUUCUCUGAGUUGACAGACCCUUAUUUUGGGUACCAAACUCAGGGUUUUGAGGAUAGGGGGUGCUUUAAAUAUGAUUGGUUCACAGCAGUUUUGUUCUCCAGACUGAUUUUGCUGAUUCGAGCUGUUUUUUUCAGCCUGCUGCAGCCGAUGCAGGCCUCCUUAGAGUGGGGGUGGGUGGGAUGGGAGGUGUAGAUUUGACCCUCUCUUUUUUUUGAUGGAAAAAGAAGAGUGAUGCAUGUUCUUUGGGGAUCUUUCGCCAUCUAGUGGCCAUGGGGUGAAAAACAGAAGGCUCUUAGGCUGAUAUUAAGACACAGGUUAAUGUUGACAUCUGCCUAAAUCAGGGAUGUCCAACCUUGGAUACUUCAAAACCUGUGGACUUCAAUUCCCAGAAUUCCCCAGCCAGCAUGGCUGGCUGGGGAAUUCUGGGAGUUGAAGUCCACAAGUCUCAAAAGUGGCCACAGUUGGACACCCCUUGGCUAAAUGGUGCCAUCCUACCUUGUAAAUGCAUGUGGAGGAGAUGCAGUCUUGAGCUGCUUGCUUUACCCAAAAUUUCCCAUGUUAGAAAACGAAGCCUACACAUACACCCCCCCCCCCCCUUUACCCCUAAAAAGAGUUUAGCAGCCCCCAGUUUUUUCAAAAUUCAGAUUUAUAAUGCACGGAGUUCUAUUCUAGCUCGGGGGCUGUGCGUGAGCAGCUGCACAAGUGUGUGUUCUCAUCUCACUUCCCGGAUGACUUAUUUUGCUGGGAAAGCUGUCACAGUUAAGACUGGCACGGUAGCACCGGGUUGGACACAGAGAAGGCCAGAAGCUUCACUCGGACACUCUAGUAGACUACAGUAACCUUGAGUUGCGCCACUGUGACUUUGGAUGGGAGGGAUUGCAGUGUGAUGGGAGUUAGUGAUGUUCUUCCAACAUCCAUGGUGAUGAAUGUCCCGAUUGCAAUGGGAUUGUAAGCCCUCUUCCCUCCAUCUGAUGGCCGUUCCUUGUUUCUUCUCCCUUCCGCGCUUGAGUUUCUAUGUUCUUAGUUGUUGAGGCCAAGAUGUACAUGGGAGAGAUGCCACCCCCACCACUUGCAAAACUAAUGGGAUGACUACCCAACAGAUGUUAUUCGCAUUGACCUGUUCUGCUUCAAGAGGUUGAAAGAGAUGCCUCAUUUUGAAGCAGAAGUCCCAGCACUGAUGGUCUCGCUUCUUCUGGCCACCAAAGGGUAUUGUGGUGAACUUCAUCCUCACAAGCCUUGAAGCGGCAAAUGAAAUGUCUGUUUUCUUUGCCAUCCCAAAGAUCUUGUUCCCGAGCACUCUAAGCAGAAUAUUGAAGAUUCAACAGGUCCACAAGGAAAUAUUAUCCAAUCUUCCUUAAGUCUUUCACUGAAGUUGCUUUUCUUUAAUAUACACACCCCGGUGUGUCCCCCUCCAAAGACUCCCAUUUCUUUCCCGUUUGGAACUGUUCCCAUCAUAGUUAUGCUUUGUAAAGUAAGGAAAUGAAUCAGGAUAUGGAGAUACGUCGGCUUUAGCUUCAUAAAUUUAGUGGAAGUUACAUCACAGAGGGAAAGAGUGAGGACUUUCUGGUGUUUGUGUGUGUGUGUGUGAGAGAGAGAGAGACAGACAACCUGCAAGGUUAUACGAGAAGACCUGCUCCUUUUCUGUUGGUGUUUUCCACGCACAUGCAAACUGGGACAGGGCUUUGAUCAUGGCUUUGGCCCUUCCGUCUUGCAGGUCUUCACACAAGACGCGCGCCCCCUUGGAAAAAGUAUUAAAAGUUAUUCCGUUGCCACGGUAAUAAGAAAUGUCUUUAGCAUUUAAAAAACUUCGAGAAGAAAUAUAUAUUUUAGACUAGCCAGGGUUCAUGGAUAACAAUGAGCUUUUCCCUUCGUCAGCACUGUAGGGUUGAACCAAACAAAAGCUUUUUGUCAUUUUGUUGGGCGGUUUUGUGAGUUUGAGUUUUGGAUGGAAGCUGGAGAGCAAACUGCAUUUGGGAUUGCUCUUGGUUGUUUCAAGAAAAGGAAGGCAUCUGACAUAAAAUGGUUGAGCAAUCAGGAACUAGGAGAUGUUUCUGAAGGACAUCUACUGGCAUAUCUUCCCAUUGGCUGUACUGGCGGGACACGUCUUUCCACCAUCAUCCGGGGGGACUUAAAUUGUCCACCUCUUGCUUUAAAAGGGUUGAGCGAUUUAACCCUUCCAAAAUGAUUUCUUAGGCCUUCUAAGAAAUCAGAAGAACCCAAGGAACAAAAAGAAGAAAAUCCCAGCCAGAUUUGCUCUGGAGAACGUAAGAUUUGGUGGGUCGGCAGAAAUCGGUCUCAACUGACGCCGAUAUCACCGUAAGACAAGAUUUUGGUGGUUGGGGCAGUCUCCAAGAAACUUCAAGCUUGAGUGCUGUGCCUUUUUUCCCCCUAGUCCAGCUCAGUUAGAGGAUUUUGAUUAACCUCGUUUUGUAAAUUUGCUCAAACCAGUUUUUGUGGUUUACAUAAGCCAAUGUCGGACGCCACGGUUUGACGUCGCUUUGCUUUUAAAACUGUAAAUUCCGACUCCCUCGUUCAGAAGAAACACGUCGGAGUCAACCCAGUGCAAAAUUUGCAUUGCAGCGGACUCUUGAAUUCGUGUGAUCAAUCCAUGGCUUAUGACGCCGUAUGAUUGUGGCUAGGACCAGUAGGCUUCAAAGGAUCUAUAUUAAUAUAGUAGCCAAGUGCCAUCUUUUGAAAAUUACAGUUCUUCUUUUUUUCUUCCUUUUUGAGGCACCUAGAAUUUUUUUUAAAAGGUGUUUCUCCACCCUUAUUUUAAAUGAACUUUUAAUUGUCGGGUAUAUGGCACAGGUGCCAGUUUCACACCUGGAUUUCAAGUAAGAGUUUUACCAUCCUUUUCUUACGAACCAGAAAAAAUUUCACCCAGAUUUUCAGCGUAUGGAUAAGAAGACUGCGGUAGUCAGCGUGACAUUCUUCCCUCUCAACCUUAUGAUGCAAUUAUAAGGGGGGCUGUUUAGAAUGCAUUGCAUGGAGCCCUCUUUUACUUCCAGGAAUUUGCAUGCCUUACCUGAGUCUUCCCCUGGAGCGUGUUCUUGUGGCGUAAGGGGCAUGCUAAUUGGAUGAACGAUUUAAUUGAGAAUUCCUUCCAACCGUUCGAGCAUAACCUGCCCUUAACCAUUCCUUACUUCCAUCCCUGCCGUUCAGAUGCAGAAGGCAUCACUCAGGCUGCCAUACCAUGGACCCACCCAACAGAUGAAGGCUUGACUUCCCCUUUCCUUCGACUUUCAAGUGCGUCGUGUCUACAAGCUCCCAACAUCCCAGCCGCAAGUAAAUUUGUGAUGAAAAUAUUUUUUGAGUAGACCACAAUGGUGGGUAGCGCUUUCUACUUUUAUGAGCUGGUAUUUAAGACAGGUAGUAAGGCAUCAAGAGAGACUUCAUAAUCGGACUUUCCUAUCUCCCAUUCAGUGGGCAAAGGUGGAAUCUGUUGAUAUUCCUUUUAAUAAUUUGGUCCACCCUACCUAACGAUUUGGUCAUUCAAACAGUGCUGGACAUUUCUGGUCGUUUAGAUGUUCUCUAGAUACGUUAACAGGAUGGUCAGAAAUAUCAAGAGAUGUGGGAGGUUGUGGACUUCAGGAGGUUGAAAGAAUAGACUUUGGAUCUUUUCCCAAAGAGGAUCCUUUUUGCUCAAUUUUUGGGGCAUUGCCCCUUUUUAUCCUCUUGUCACACCCACCACCCACUUCAGGGGGAUCCCCCAAAUUUCAAAAGAGGAGCAUAUCUCGGGAAGGACAGAUUGGAAAAAUCCAGUGUGAGAAAGAGCAGGAGGUGGGAAGGUAUCCUCCAGUGAGGAUCUUUUUCAACUUUCGGGGUUCUAAUUCUAAAUUCUUGAAUAUAAUUCUGUAGACAAAGAGAAAGCAGAUAAUAAAAAAGUUCUCCCUUUAGAAAUCCUGUACGGCCACCAGCAAAAAACACUCUGAAGAGGACAUAUGAAACCUGACCCGAAGGUCAUAGUCAACUAUUGAAAUUGCGGUAUACGACAGCGAGAAAACCAGAUUUAUUUCCCACCUCCCAUCGUGCAAUUUUGACUGUAAAACCUAACAGUUCAGUUUGACAAAGAGGUUGUAGGUUCUUGUCAGCCCCGUUUGAUCCCUUCCCAUUUGGUACAUCUGGAUUUUUUUCUUCUCCCUUUCUCUAAUCUUAACGCCAUUCAGAGAUUGGCUGGGGAUUUUGAUAAGCCUUGAAAGACUGACGGGUGUCAUGCAGAAGACCGAACUGCUCCCUCUUUAAAAAGAUACGGGUUUGUAAAGUUGUAGCUCCUUUACGGCGUAGUCCUGAGGUCACACAGAAUAGAUUGGUAUUGACUUGGCUCCGUUGGCUCAACAAAGAAAUGGCCUUCAAGAUAGAAUGAAAUCUUACGGCCCAUUGGGUUUGAUUAGAGAAACUCAAGAAUAAUCGGAAUAGGUAUUGGGGAUGAGCGAGGAAAUCCACCCUCUGAUUUCUCAAAUGUUCUCCCAGAAUUGAAAACGCGUGGAUUCUCUGGUAAAUAGACGUGAGAAAGCAAUAUAAAUCUGUCCGAAGCUGCUGAAGUGGAUGUUGCUUUGGGAAAAAUGGCAAGGGUUGGAAUUCAGUAGAUUGACUUGGUCAACUUGAUGGCCAACUUGAUGGAAGAGUGAGGUGUCCCCUUCAAAGAAGUGUGUGUGCGUGUGUGCGUGUGUGUGUGCGUGUGAGAGAGAGAGAAAUUUGACCGGUGCUCUUAGAAGCGGGUUUUGAUUGGUUUAUGUUUGACAUAAGCCUAGAUUCUUGGUCCUGCAGCACAUUUUUUCCUGGCCAGGUGCUUUUUGAUGCGAGUGUCUCAGGUUGGAAAAGCAAUUUGAAGGAUCAGGCGUGGGAAGUUAACCAUUAUAUUUUUUAAAAAAAAGAGAAAGCAGAAAAGAAAAUUUAAGAUUAGAGGCAGGGCGAGCCAAAGGCAUUUUAAUACCAAAGGAAUUGAGGCCAUUUGGUCCCGUCUAGGAUUAGCUAAAACGCAGUUCAGCUAGAUAGUGUAAAUCAGAGGUCUCCAUACUUGAUCAUUUUAAGACUUCCGGACUUCAACUCCCAGAAUUCCCCAGCCAGGAAUUCUGGGAGUUGUAGUUCACAAGUCUUAAAAGUGGCCAGGUUUUGAAGGCCCCCUGGUGUAAAUCCUACCGAAAUGUGCAUGGCCAUUUGUCACAAGCGUGCUUGUGGGAUAACCACUAGGCCCAACCAUGAGUUUUCAUCUCCACUUUCGUCAACAAAAGCGCCUUCCAGUCCUUUUGAUUUGCCACCCACCCGGCGCACACCAAGCGAUUUUUUUUCCUUGCCGCGCUCACUGCUUUAUGGGCAUCUUUGGAUGUCCUUUCCCGUUGCUUUCCGCUUCCUGGCCCCGCAUCGUUCGGUCGUACAAUUGUUCCGCCAGGUUUGAAGAUGUAUGUUAAGAAUGACUCUGGGGACAGACGAAUAAUUCCCAAAUGUAGAAUUUUUUGCUGUAUGUAAUGUAUAUACGGAGAGAGAAUGUAUUUUGUUCAUUUUUUUUCUUAAUAAAAAGAAAUUAUGCCAAA